AUGCUCUUUUUCAACGCCAAUAGGAUAAGCUGCAAAAACAUAACGGAUGUUAUUGCUAGGUUCUGCCAUAUCUCAGGUCAGCAAUUGAAUGUGGGAAAAUCGCAUCUCAAGGUCAGCUCCAAUACUUCGAUGCAAGAGAAGCAGGAGUUCGUUACAAUAUUAAGGAUGCCUAUGGUUACUACUCUGGAUCACCAUCUUGGCUCUCCAAUCGAUUUGCAGGGGACAAAGUAUUCGAAUUUUGUGUUUUUGAUCGACCAGAUAUCGAAGAAGAUUAACGACUGGAACGCGAUUCCCUUGUCUCAAACUCAAAAGGUUAUUCUUAUUAACUCGGUUUUAAUUUCUAUGGCGUCCCAUGUGAUGAGUUGUUUUCAUCUACCAUCGGCAAUCUCUUCGAAAAUUGACUCGAUGAUAGCUCAGUUCUUCUGGGAUAACAAAGAUAGGAAGGGCAUACACUGGGUCGGUCGGUCGAUAAUUCACCUUCCUAAAGGGAUGGGGGGCCUAGGGAUUAGGUCAAUGGGGGUGGUGAAUAAAGCUUUGCUCAUGAAAAGUGUCUGGCGCAUUCACAAUAACCCUCAGUCCUUACUGGCUAGGGUCUAUACCAAGAGAUUUUCCUCCCCUCUCCUAACGGGGAAGCCAACCAGAAUCAUCAAUGGCGCUUUUUCAUGGGGGAUGAGAGGGUUAGCUAGGGCGGGGAAUAUUCUUCUCAAAGGCUGUAAUUGGAAAGUCGGGGAUGGCAACUCUAUCCUGGCUAGCAAGGACCGUUGGGUUAAUGGGACAAUACCGGAAUUCAAGUCUACUAUCACCAUGGGCGAGGCAAGGGCUUGGAGAGUGAGUCACUUUAUCAUGCCGACGGGGAAAGACUGGGAUCAUGGGAAAGUCAACAGGUGUUUUGAAUUCGACGACGCUAAACAAAUUGUUGGGAUGGAGCUGCCGUAUAACCAGGCCAAAGAUUAUCUAUACUGGAAGUAUCAUAAGGGAGGCAAGUUUACGGUUAAGACGGCGUAUGCGAUGAUUCUCGGAGAAGAUUCGAAUCACUCUAAUGGUUUCGACGGUGAAAGUCCCUUCUCUUUGUUAUGGUCUCUUCGUAUGGCUCCGAAGUGGAAACUUUUUAUUUGGAAAAUUCUUAGGAAUGGCCUUGCGACAAAGUGUAAUAUUAAUCAGAGGGGUUUAAACAUCCCUUCUGCUUGUGACUUAUGCUUAAACGAGGAUGAGGAUUACCAAUACUUAUUUCGCUUUUUCGAAAUAGCAAAACAAACUUGGAGGAGUGGGUCCUUAGGGAUUCACUCAGAAUUGCGCAGUGACAUUCCUUUUGUGGAAUGGAUGCUCUCCUAUAUCCGGCCUUUUCAAUGCCAGGAUGGUCACUUGAGUACUAGAACCAUAUACUUCAUUACCACGUUAUGGAGCAUAUGGGUGGCUAGGAAUAACAAGGUUUUCAGAGAUGAGAAUGUGGAUCUUUCAAUGGUAAUGGCUCUAAUCACUAAAGGUUUGGAGCAACAUGAUAUUACUACAAGUAAUAGUUCCGGAGCUCUGAGGUAUUUGCAUCCACCGGAACAACAUCUUUUUCCUCCCGGCUUCUUCGGGGCGACCCUUUCGGACAACGGGGGGAAUCCCACCAUUACCACCCUCUUGGUGGACGGAGCUUGGAAUAAAUCGACAAAAUUAUCGGGAUUGGCAUGGGUCAAGGACAAUUUCGGGACGGGUGCAGGUUCUCCACAAGGUGGAGCGACUUUCGGUUAUGCGGAAUCUGCAAUUCAGGCUGAAGCUCAGGCAUGCCUUGCAGGGUUAAGAUGGGCGAUUCGCUGCGACAUGAAGCAUAUUUUGAUUUUGACUGAUUCUUAUUGUCUUGUGGACAUGCCCCGUGGAGGUGGGUGUGUUGAUAUGCAGGUCAAAUGGACAUUGGCUGAAAUUGUGGCACGAGCACAGGAUUCUGAUUACUGCUCCAUCAACAAGGUUGAUAGGGAUAGGAUUCAGCCGGCUCAUGUUCUGGCCACGGGAGCAGCGCGUUCCCUUAUUGCUUUUUCUAAUGAUGUUUAG